AGUUGGCUACUGGUUGAAUAGUUAAUGUCGAGGAAGUACUACGAACGUCUUGUCACUUCGAGUGGAGUCACUUCGAAGAAAUUCGAGUCGAACCUCGGUGCCAAGAUCCUAGGCAAAUUCGGGUGGAAGACCGGCGACGGCCUCGGCGCGGAAGGUCAGGGCAUGACCGACUGCCUCCAGGUCAAACGCCGGGAGGAAAACGAAGGGUUGGGACGCGAGCUCGAGAAGAAAGAGUCAUCAGAAUGGGAGAACUGGUGGGCAGACAGCUACAACGCGAUCGCUAAGAAACUCGCCGUAUCAGUAGCAACGACGAGCAGUGGAAGUGAGGACUCUUCUGACGACUCUUCUGAAGAUGAAGGAGAGGCACGGACGACGGCAAUAAAACGUGCCGACAUGCAAAAGGGAAAACUCCGACGCAUCAUGCGGCAAGAACGAGCUGCGGCUAAGGAGGAGGAAGAGGCCGACAAGAAGAAGGAUAAGCAUAAGUCUAAGAAGCAUCAUCGGGAGGAAACCAAAAUCCGUAAGAGUAAGAGAGCCGCGGUUGAGGAGGAGGAGGUUCCUAAGAAGAAGCAUAAGAAGAGCAAAAAGUCGAAGCGGUCUGCUGAGGAGUGAUCGAACACGAUUCUUCAGUGUAAACAAUACCCUUGUCGUCGUUCAUGACGACUUACGAUUCCGCGAAGGAGCGGUAUGAUGGUAUUCCUUCAUCUCUGGGGCAUCGCUCCCGACUCCAUUUAUUGCCUGCUACUGUACGUAUCAACUCGACAAACGCCAUAUCAACUCGAGAUCA